AUGAAGAUCAAGGAUCUGCUGCAAUGCGAGGAAUCCGCGUUCAUCAUGGUCACGGACGAUUAUGGUCAUUGUUUUUGUGAGGUUACUGGCUCCAAGGAAUUGGGUGCUCCCAUCAGUGCGGGAACGGUUAGCCAGUGGAGCGACCUACUUAUGAACGUGAAGUAUCUCUCUUACGAAGAUAUUCCACUGGAAUUCAAAGCGUAUCUUCGCAGCAUAUUCGAUGACGCGGCGAUCAUUUCGAAUUCGUUGACGAUUCAGCCGAUUCUCGGCAGCGCCACCAAUGGCUCUUCGUCGAUCAUCGCCGUCUUGUGUAUUUUGCAUUCGAACUCCCUGUCAUGUUCAAGUUCCACGCGCUCAAAAAGCUUCGAUGAUCUCCUGAACUUGUGCAAUGACACGGCGACGUCCGUCAUUCGAAUCUGUUACUCGUUCGAGAAGCAGCGGUCGUUGACGAAGUUGAACGGAUUUAUCUUGACGCUGUUAAGGAACGUUUUUUCGAACCUCGGUUGUGGUUUGCUUUUUUAUCAGCCGUUAAUUAAUUUUCCUUUCAGCUGCUCUCUUUACCUGUUGGAUCAUGACAACAAUGAACUAGUAGCGGAAGUGGUGGAAAGCGACGAGAAUCAGCACGAGGUGCUAAAGGAGAUUCGUUUUCCGCUUGGCCAAGGCAUCGCCGGUCAGGUCGCCGUCUCUGGAAAUAUGAUUAACGUAAAGCACUACGUCCCUGAAUCUCGCAUCGUGAUUACCGAAGAAAAACUUUCUCUCAGUUGUGCAAGGAAUGUGCUGUGUUUUGCCGUCAAAGACAAAACCGCUGUCAUUGCCGUCAUUCAGCUUGUAAAUAAAAUAGAUACCCAGUUUUACACCGAUCACGAUGAGCACUUGGCCGAGCUGCUGUCGUCGUAUUGCGCGAUCAGCAUUUCUCACGUACGUUCGUCCUUGCCUUUGGCGAUCGCGGAAGAGGACGUUCUUCGCCUGAGUCUCUGCAACAUACCGGAACCGUCGUCGAUUAAACCGGACUUUCUAUCGUUCUCGUUCUCUCCUCGUUGUCUGUCGCUGCACGAGACACAUAUUGCUUGUUUGACGAUUUUCGACGAUUUGGGCUUCAUUCAAAAGUUUCGCAUCAAGAGGAAAAAGCUGUCCAGGUUUCUGUUGCUCGUGGAGCACGGCUACCGCGAUGUUCCGUACCACAACUGGUACCACGCUUUCACGGUCACUCAUUUCUGUUACCUGCUGCAAAAGAAGCUCGGUAUCAUGAACAUCUAUCUCAGUGAUGUGCAGCGUGUGUCGUUGUUGGUCGCCUGUUUGUGUCACGACAUCGAUCAUCGCGGUACCAAUAAUUCUUUUCAACUGCAAUCGGGUGGCAUUUUUAAAAAUAUUAGUACGUUUCAGAAAACCGCACUGGCGCAGUUGUACAGUUCUGAAGGAUCGGUUCUUGAGUGUCAUCACUUCGCCCAGACGAUGUGCAUAUUUAACAUGGAGGAGUGCAAUAUCUUCGCUCAACUACCCUCACAGGUAGAUAUUAUGUUUCUUUAUGAAGAUUUUGGUGUUUAAGU